AGCAGGUAGUGUUUCACCAUGACAUUAUCUUUACAAGUGCGGGGUCGGCCUUGCCGUCUGCAGAAGCAGACCUGGACAUUGCUCAAUCGUUAAUACUAUGGCUUGGUCAUACGCUACUCAAUGCAGCAAAAAUGCUAUCAGCAGAUAUAUAGAAGGGAAGUUGCACGAAGCUUGGACCUGCAUCAAAAAGCAACAAGCUUGGCCCUUGCCUAUUCUCUUAAAAGUUUGACAUCCUGUUUCCUUUUCAUUAUCGUUUCCACUGUUUGUGGCCCGAAUUCUGCACAAUCCCAAGCUGUCUAUAUCCACAAUGGCGACCCCAAUGAUGGACAAUUCCUACGUCGAAAGCCUACCGUAUCAGUGCGUAAUAUCCCAAACUCCUACACCUCCGAAACGUAUAGAUACUGACCUGGAAGUCAGGGCCAAUGAUGUAUGUUCAGGGGAGGUCAACUGUUGUUGACUUAUGAGCAUGGACUCUUAGCUCGACUGA